UCUUCACUAUUCCAAUGUAUCACACAUUUAUAAAGGCAGAGUUUAUGAAAAACACUUAUCACGUCAGUGGUAACGAGGGAACAGCGAGGUCUCACCACAGCUCUUUGACUCCGUCUUGCAUAGUUUUCUUCUAGGAGAGGAGGGAUCGCGCCGGCUUUAAGCGCAUCCCCCGUGGAGAAUAGUACAGACCCUGACUACACGAACACAGUAUUGUUACAAAAUCUCUCAUAAUGUCACGCCUGAUUCGCGGACAAAGAGCUCCCAUGGAAGAUCCCGCCGAUCUCCAUGAAAUGGAAGAAAUAAUACAGCCUGGGGAAUUCCCCUAUGUUGAUAUAUACGGGCCCUGGUUCGUGGGUGAUGCCUUCAAGCCGCACAUGAAAAAUAUCUACACAGGCGUCAUGGAACAGCGAGCCCAUCACGCGGGCAGCGCGGGGUCGAAGACCCGUGCAUCUUUCUAGGGGGAGCGACCUGAAAAAUCUCCAGUUGCUUGAGGAAGAGAUCCUGACCCCGAAAAAC